AUGAAGCUAGGUUGUAAAGCCAGAAUAUCUGCAUCUUGCGAUGUUCUAGGAAAUUGGAGAAUUAAUGUAGUAAACCUGGAACACAAUCAUGAUACAAGUCCUUCUAAAUCCCGAUUAUAUCGAUGCAGCAGACAAUUGAGUGCAGCUAUGAAACGAAAGCUUCAGGUGAAUGAUUUGGUAGGAAUUGCGCUUCACAAAAGUUACAACUCUGCAGUUGUAGAAGCUGGAGGUUAUGAGAACGUGUCUUGUAUUGAAAAGGAUUGUCGGAACUAUGUAGAACGCAUGAGGCGAUUAAGACUUAGAGAAGGAGAUGCUGUAGCAAUUCAAUCUUACUUUUCCAAGAUGCAAGCACAAUGCUCGGAAUUUUAUUUUGAUAUUGAUUUGGAUAAGGAGUCGCUGUUGAGAAAUGUGUUUUGGGCAGAUAAUCAGUUCGAGAUAUAUGACUUUCUAUUUAUCGUUGUUAUUAAAAAUUAUCAGAAGAGAUGCGGGUUGGAGGUUAUCUCUGAUCUAGAAGAGUAUUGGUUGCCUAUUGGUGCUUGCGAAAAGUCUGCAUGUCUUGAUUUACGUCCACAACCUCGUCCUUUGAUACUUAAAUGUCCCACUGGAAGGGAGUCAUUCCUUCAAUGCAUGCACGGUCAAGCUCCACAUGGUAUAAUUACUGAUCAAGACAGGACAAUGCAAAAUACAAUCCAUAUUGUCUUUCCAAAUACCAAACAUAGAUGGUAUUUGUGGCACAUUUUAAAGAAGUUGCCGGAGAAGUUUGGCUACCACGUGGAUAAGCAUUUGAUAUUUGGGCCUCUACACAGAUUGGUGUAUGAUUCACAGUCCGGUGAUGAAUUCGAAAAUGGUUGGGGAACGAUGAUUGAUAUGUAUGGAUUGCAUGAGAAUGAUUGGCUAUUAGAUUGUACGAAAAUAGAGGACGUUGGGUUCCCUGCUUCUUGA